AUGUCGUUGUUCCAGGCGCGGGAAUGGUGGACGGUGGCGAGUGGGAAUACCGAGGAGUACACAUAUGGCGCGUUGGCCGUGGGGAACGUCGACAAUGAUCCGACGCCGCAUGACAAGAUUGUCGUUGGGAGUCUCAACGGUAUCCUUCGAGUGUACUACCCCACUCAAGGCGAGUUUAAGAUUGAUCACCUUCUCAUGGAAGAGCAGCUCGAGUACCCUGUCCUGCAAGUUGAAAUUGGGAGAUUCGUGCCCCAUUCAACCAACGUGGGCAUGGCCGUGCUACACCCGAAACACCUUGCUGUGUAUUGCUUGGACGGCGUUGGUGGCUCUGGAAUGGCAGCUAGUUACUUCAAACUGACGAAGAAGUACGAGCACCCUCUCGGUCUUGACGGCGAGCACUUCACAGCUUUCAACAUGACAAUGGGUGGGUUUGGUAAAUCCCCCGAGAAAGAUCACAUUUGUGUGCAGUCUCUGGACGGUCGUCUCCAAUUUUUCGAGCAGGACCGAUUUAGCUUCAUGCAACAACUACCCACUUGCCUUGUUCCCGGUGCUCUGUGUUACGCAGCCCCCACCGACUCGCUCAUCACCGCCACAUCAGAUAUGAGUGUCGAAUGCUAUCGGUACCAAGUCAUGGCGACGUCGAUGGUGCUCAAAAAGAAACCUGGGCACGACGAUGGGAUAAAGGAUGCCAAGGGGGUCACUGCCGCCAAGGCGCUGCACUCUGAAUGGCGUACAAACAUCGGCGAGUCGGUGCUCGAUAUUCGCACGGGCAAAUUCCACUGGGCGGUACGAGCGCGCAGCUUUGACGUGGUCGUGCUGGGAGAGUUUUCUCUCUUCUGUGUGACGCCGGGCGGGGACAUUUGCUUUCACAAACGCUUGGGCUUUCACCCGUCGUCGCUUUGUCUGUACAACCGCCCCAAAUGUGACAACUCGGAUAGCACGGAUAAUGUGAUCAUCGCCACGCACGCCAAACAGUGGAUGGUCUACCGCGACGCACAGUUGAUUUGGUCGGCGGUCGCCCCGACGGUGUCCACGGCGCUGUCCGUGGCGAGCUUUGGGGGCAUCGACGGCAUGAUUGUGAGUCUGGACGAAGACGGACGGCUCAACGUAAACUACCUUGGCACAGAUCCACCCACGACAUCCGUGAUUGCAUCCGAUGCAAAAGAGGUCAACUACGAGGAGAUGGACGAGGAGCACCGCACCUUGCUCAACAUUAUUCGGCGGUCCCAGGGCGAGCGGCGCACGGAGCCCAAGGAACGCGUCCUCUUGCGCGCUCAAGUGCCUGCGUUGCUCGACCCACCUGGCGUGUCGUCCGACGAUGACGUUGUGACGGGGCCGGACCACAAACCCGUGGCACUCACCAUGCGCGUGUACGUGACGUACACAGGGAGCAACGUAUUGAGCAACGUCACGGUCGCCGUCACGCCGCCGCCCAACGUGAUCGUAUGCGGACCAUCGUCGAUUUUGCUCGAUUCCAUCGACGGCAAAGCUGGCACGCCACUCAUUAUCCCUGUCGUGCUCCGACCAAGCGCGACCGUCAUGCCGUCGUCGCUCGAGGUCACCAUCUCGGCAGCGUAUACACUCGAGAGCGGCCAGCCCCGAACGUCGUUGUGCACAGUUAAGCUCCCCAUGUGCAUGAUGAGCCGACUCAUCCCGCCCGUAAAAGCAAGCACGUUUAAGUUUACGCUGGACACGAACCAAGAGCCCGCGCAACUGACAGAGCUCUUUGACGACAUGCUGACGCAGCCAGGAGCGACGCCGGACUGGGCGAAGCAAGUCACAGGGUCGUCCGCGAACGUGCUGAGCUUUCAAUACUACAACGGCGUCGACGUCACGAUCCUCGUAUCCAAGAAUGCGGGGCGGUACCGCAUUCAGUCGACCGAGCUCGAUGCGCUCUGGAUGGUGUCGAACGAGCUUGUCGACCGCCUGCAGCUCCUGAAC